AAAGGCCCCUGCCCCUGUUCCUACUCUCUGCUAGAGCUCGGGGGCAGGAGAGCACAAUGAUGAUCACCUGGACACGGCUGGCAGCUCUGCUCCUUCUGGGGGUGGCAGCCUGUGCUGCCCGCCCACGAGGAAGGAUUUUAGGGGGCAGGGAAGCUGAACCCCACCUCCGACCAUACAUGGCAUCCAUUCAGAUAGACGGAAAACACCUGUGUGGGGGCUUCCUCCUGAACGAGUGGUGGGUACUGAGUGCAGCCCACUGUGUGGAGGAUAUAUCACCAGGAUCCACUGUCCAGGUGCUUCUGGGAGCCCACUCCUUGUCCCAGCCAGAACCUUCCAAGCAUCUCUAUGAGGUCCAAAGCCUCUUUCCACACCCUGACAGUCACCGUGACACCAUAGACCAUGACAUUCUUCUCAUCAAGCUCUCUGAGAAGGCGACCCUGGGCCCGGCCGUGCAGCCCCUCCCGUACCAGAGGGAGGCCGGGGACAUAGCUGGAGGCACGUUCUGCUCGGUAGCCGGCUGGGGGAUCACCACCCACGCGGGUCGGAAACCGGACCGCCUGCAGCAGGUCGACUUGCCCAUCAUGGACCGAGCUGUUUGCAAUCAGCGUAUCUACCAUGACAACCUCAUCACCGACAAGAUGAUCUGUGCCGCAAGCCGCAAGAAGGAUGCUUGUAGGGGUGACUCUGGGGGCCCCCUCGUCUGCAAUGGGGUAGCUCAAGGCAUCGUGACAUCGGGCACCCGAGUGUGCGGAAACUGGAAGAAGCCGGGGAUAUAUACUAAGAUCUCCAGCUACGCGGACUGGAUCGACAGCGUCCUUGCCUCUGAAUCCUGAGAGUCCCUGACAGGAAGGGGACCUAAUGAUCCAAGGGACCUCUGGCUGUCACUCAGCCUUUGAGGAUCUCAAAGCACCUAAUCCAUACUGAUUGCCUUGAUAAACCCAGUUGGCUUUGGAGCCCCUUUGCGUAAAACGUCCUCCUCUGUAGGGGAUCCAAGGGAGCCGGAAAGGAGGUGGAAUUGAUUACCCUGCGGGGAUACGGGUAUCCCCCAGUUACUGGAAAGGGUGGGAGAAGGAGGUACUGUUAAUGAAGCAGGCUCUCAAUAAAGUGUUCACAAAAGCA